UAUAUGUUCCGCUUUAUCAAUUGAAAACAAGAAAGUCAUUCUUCACUUGUUCCUACAGCUUCUGAGUUAAGCUUCGCAUUCCUUGCAGUUAUAUCUGUAAUUCAACACAUUGAAUUCAGCGAAGAAAUAAAGAAAAUAAAGAAGUCAGUCGUGUUGCAACCGUCAUUGCAAAAACUGACACCGUUUUUGCACCCACAUCAGCAUGGCAGGCGUAUGUUAUGGUUGCUACGAGUAGGAGGUCGUUUAUUGAAGGCACCAUUAGCAUUCCCAUUAUUGCUUCCAAAAAAGUGUCGUUUCGUAACGCUUUAUUUGGAGCAUUUGCAUCGCUCUCAUUGCCACGCCAAUCCCCUAGUACUAAUGGGCCUGCUUCGUCAGCAGGUUUGGCUGGUCAAUGCUCGACAGGCUUGCAGUGCAGUAGUCCGAAAAUGUGUACAUUGUUUUCGCUACAAGCCGAAACUCUUAUCCCAAGUAAUGGGCAAUCUUCCCGCUGAUCGCUUACAUGGAAAUAGGCCAUUUGAGAUCAGUGGAGUGGACUUUUGCGGUCCAAUACUAGUUUCGCUGGGAAUUCGGGGCAAAUCGCCAGUCAAAAUGUAUAUUGCCAUAUUUGUUUGCUUUACUUCGAAGGCAGUGCAUCUUGAAUUAGUCACCGAUUUAACCUCAAAUUCAUUUCUGAUGUGUUUAUCCAGGUUCGUUGGUCGACGUGGGCUUGUCCGGAAGCUGUAUUGCGACAAUGCCACCAAUUUCGUGGGUGCUCAAAACUACGUUCCAUGGCAACACAGCGGACAUGGAAAUGUUUGCUGCGGAGCGGGGCAUGGAGUUUGUGUUCAUCCCUCCUCGAGCGCCGCAUUUUGGCGGCCUUUGGGAAGCGGCGGUGAAAUCUGCCAAGGGUUUGCUGCUGAAAGCGAUGGGCAGCGCUCGAUUACGGCAAGACGAGGUGGCCACCGUGCUGGUCGAGGUCGAGGCCGUGCUCAAUUCGCGGCCAAUGGUCGCUCCCAGCAGCAACCCAAACGACGGCGAAGUGCUCACGCCAGGGCACUUCCUGAUAGGAGCAACGCUCGUGCCGCUGCCAAUCGCGUCCACAGAGCCAGUCGACGACGCCAAGCUGACACUCUUAAAAAGAUGGCAGCUGACAUCCAACAUCAAGCGUCGAUUUUGGAACGACUGGUCAAGGGACUACCUGCUCAGCCUGCAGCAGAAGUCAAAAUGGACGAAGGAGAGGCAGAACGUACAGGUCGGAGCAGUCGUGCUCGUGGGAGAGGACAACGCUCCUCCACAACAGUGGAUGCUAGGCGUGGUGACGGAAGCCAUAGUCGGAGGAGAUGGUAGAGUGCGCGUAAUUGUCGUUAAGACAAAAAAUGGCACAUAUAAAAGGGCAAUUCAUCGCGUUGCACCACUGCCACUCCACUAAUACACCAUAUUAUUGAAGCCAUGCGGCCUUUCAA